GGGGUGGAGUCGGGGACUGGGCCUGGGAUCCCGGUGCGGGGAGGACUCGGGGCGGGAAGCUGCGGCGGAACUACCAGGAGCUGGAAGAGCAGCUGUUGAAUAGACGGUGCCGUGGUAACGAAACUGGAAAAAAACUCGGCAGGUUCUGAUUUCCAUCACUUCAGAAUUAUAAGACAUUUCUUAAAAUGGAAAAUUACCAAAAAACAAACAUCACAGAACUCCCUUGUCCACAGCCAAUUGCCAAUCUUCCAAAAGAUAUUAUUGAAAUGAAGGUGAAGGAAGGUAGCAAAAUCCGAAAUCUCAUGGGAUACGCCAUUGGAAAGAUGGAAUCAGCCAAUAUCAGAGAGAUCCUUUUUACUGGCACUGGGAAAGCUGUCAGCAAAGCAAUCACCUGUGUGGAGAUCAUGAAGAGAAGAUUAAAAGGUCUCCAUCAAAUUACCAAGUUGUUUUAUAAACAGGUUGAGGAACUCUGGGAACCUAUUGUUUCAGAGGCGGGCUUAGAUAGCUUAACUGUGAAAAGAAACCUUCCUGCUAUUUGUGUUCUGUUGUCUAAAGACAUUCUGCCUACAAAUGAGGCAGGCUACCAAGCUCCUGGGUCCUUCGAUGCUUUGUGGAUACAUUCUUUAAAAGAGGAAGCACAGGCUCAAAGGAAAAAAAGACAAGGUGGAGAUGGACUGGGUAAAGGGGGUAAACAUCAUGGAUCUGGAAGAGGAGAAAGGCCCAAAAAAUCCAGAAGCUGAGGGGGCGGGAGGAGAGAAUACAAAAAUCAUUAGACAGAUGCUGUUGAUAACAGAUAAAGCUGUAUUUGUUUUUCAAAUUAAAAUUUUUGGAAAUAG